AUGAAACUAACGAUAAAAAUAUUGAAAGGAGAAGAAUACUUCGUUGAGACCACGGAAGAAUCAACAAUCCAACAGAUCAAGGAAGAAAUUGAGAAGAAAAGUUCGAUACCGGUUGAACAUCAGAAGCUGCUCCUCGUAGGGAAGGCGCUAGCAGACGAAAAGACAGUCGCUUCCUACAGCAGCAUUGCCGAUGGAACGAAAUUAACGCUGGUUGUUAAGAAACCGGACCCAUUGCGGGACGUUAUCUAUCGUCACUUCAAACGCUACCUACAGGAAGAACAAUCGCAACGAUUGACCACGAAAUUUAUGGAUGAUUUUGAACAGAAGCUAAACCAACUCAGUUUGGAUGAUUUGGAAAAGAUUGCUACAGAAAUGUUGGCUAAAAAGGGACAAAAUGUCACCAGCGGUGAGAAUGCAUAA